AACACUGACUGUCGGUAAGUUGCAAGUUGUUGCUACAUGUUGUUUCACUCGUGUGAAAAAUGUUAUCGGCGAUUUGGCGUCGCAGUUGUGGCCGCUCAUUUCACCUCAAAAACAAAACGCCAGUAUAUUUCAGUGGAGUGGAAAACUUGCAAAGACUUGAAAAGGUUGUGUAAGCCAUGAUCUGAGGUGUCUGCAGUUUCUCUGUGGAAGUAGGCCUGCCUUCCCACAUGCUGCACUCGCACACAUCAAUCAUGUCUCAGACUGAUUCCUGUUUGACUGUGUGGGACUGGUUAUGUGUUCUUCGUCUGGAGCAGUAUUCCGAGGCAUUUCGGAGUGAAGGGCUGGCAACGUUACGACAAUGUCGCAACCUCACACCAGAUCAGCUGGAGCGGAUGGGUAUCACCUUGCCGGGUCACCAGAGACGCAUCCUGGCUAGCCUGAACAAAACACUUGGUAACAGUGACACACAAUCUGACACACACUCUCACCUUCUACAGUCUGAGAGAGAUCAGAGAUUGGAGGAAAUAGCACAUGCCAAGGUGUUGCAGAGAGAGAGACCUGUGCCUAUACCAGUGGAAGAAAAACCUGUCCCUAAGGAAAGGGAGAAAAGAGAUGGAGAGACAUUGAGACCUACACCCAGGGAAAGAGAGAAACCGGUCCCCAGGGAGAGACAUGUGGCCAUGAUGAAAGAGGAAGGUGGAGAAGGGGGAGAGAAGAAGCCAGUUCCUGGACAAAGAAAAACAGCAGACAGGGGAGGAGAAGAGGAAGAGAGGGAUAGAGGAAUAGAUGGAGAGAAGGAGAGGCCUGUGCCUAAAGAAAGAACUAGGUUUCGCUCUAGUGCACCAGCGGACUGUGACCUCAGCCCACUUGUCUCUCUAACUUCAGACACCUCUUUACCCCCUGUCCCUCCACGAAGCACCCCCAACUGCCCUCCACAGCGCUUCACAUCUCCCCUGAGCCCCUCACCUCCUGCUCGAACCCCUGCCUCCCCCAAACUGGACAGACAUGCGGUUAAAGCCCCAGCUGUACAUAGCAGAGCUAUAUCCCAGAGUUCCACCCAUAGCCCCACACAUGCACCUCUCCAUCCUCCCAACGUCCCCUCUGCCCGAGCUCGGCCUCAGACUUUAGCCAUUCAGCUCCCUGCCCAACGUUUGGGUAGUGAUGGAGGAAGAGAAAUCUCACCGGUUUCCCCCACUGCUUCCCACAGUGAUGACAUCAAUGCUCCACCUCUCCCUCCAAAAGCAGGGGCGGUACCUAAAGGGCCUCCACCAAUCCCACACCGGUUUCCUGCACAGUCUGCCAUAACAAACAGCCCCUCUCCCACCAAGACGGUCGCUGAUGAGAUGCAGAAAGACCAAACUCCACAGGUCCCACCUCGCAUCAGGACACCCCAAACUUUAGAAGACACACAUCAGUUAACUCAACCUGACGCUCAGCUGGCUCUGCCUGCAAGGAGAGUCACCCAACCUCCCUCCAGUAAGUCCAGGCUGGAUUCACUCGAUUAUAAUUCAGAUGACUACGAGGAUCCAGACUUGUUUUUCCCCAGUGUUCAUCAAAUGAACGCACCAGACAGGGAUAUGUCCCUGCAAGUGCCCGGCAAGGAAAAGGAACGGUCCACUUCUUUGUACAGCGAUGACGAGCAGUUGGAUGAGGAUGAUCCUAGCCCAUGGCAGGACGGGGGGAUCGACAAUCAGCAAGGAAGUUUCUACCUGCCAAACACUGGCAGACUGGCUCCAGCCCCUAAAGACGACAGCUCUCAGCUUGCCGCUGUCAUCAAGAUGGGCUGGUUGGACAAGAAUCCACCUCAGGGGGCCCUUUAUUAUCAGAGACGAUGGGUAAAGCUGGAUGUGGACUACCUGAGAUACUUUGACAAUGACAAGGAGGUGUAUUCUAAGGGGAUCAUCUCUACUGCCUUCAUCACUAAUGUGACCAGUGUGGGGGAGCUGAAGUUUGAGGUCGUCACAAACAACCGAACAUUUAUCUUCAGGGCUGAAAGUGAAGGCGAGAGAAACGACUGGGUAACUGUAUUGAAGGACUGCAGCAGGGGGCGCCAUUGGCGCAGCACCAUGAACCUCAGCUCACCGUUGACUCCGGAUUAUCAGGGCUAUCUGGAGCUCAGAGGCUUACGCUCCAAACUUUAUACUGUUGUCGUCACAGAUAAAGUCUUCCUCUACAAAACCAUGGAGGACUAUCGUAUAGGAGUGGGUAUCACAUCCAUCGAGAUGAAUGUAGGAAAUGUUAAAGACACAGAUCGCCGUGGCUUUGAUCUCACAACACCUUACCGAAUAUUCAGUUUUAUUGCAGAGUCAGAGCAACUGCGAGAACAGUGGGUGGACGCCAUGCGGGCUGCGAUAGAUGAGGCGCUGUCAAAUAGCGAGGUGGCAGAGCGGAUCUGGGCUGAGCCUAGCAACAGCCUAUGUGCUGACUGUGAGGCUCCCAAGCCGGAAUGGGCUGCCAUCAACUUGUGUGUGGUGGUCUGCAAACGAUGCGCAGGAGAGCACAGAGGACUGGGUCCAAGCAUCUCAAAGGUUCGCAGUCUGAAGAUGGACAAGAACAUCUGGACAGAGGAGCUCAUACAGGUGUUCCUGUUGCUGGGCAACGAGCGGGUAAACAGUUUUUGGGCAGCUAACGUCCCACCAAGUGAAGCUUUGACAUCCUCUAGCUGCAGCGAAGAGCGACGCCGCUUCAUCGCCAACAAAUACCGCCAGGGCAAAUACAGGAAGUACCACCCUCUGUACGGAAACCAAAGAGAGCUCAACAAUGCUCUUUGUAUAAAUGUGCAGUGCAGUGAUGUGCUGGAGACGUUAAGCCUGAUUUUCUGCGGUGCAGAUGUAAAUUGUCCAACUGGUAAUGCAAGUUGUCCCUCUGCUCUCUCACUGGCCAACGCACAUUCCCAACCUUUACAGGCUGAGUUAAUUCGCCACAAUCUCAACACAGAGCUACCACGAUCAGAGGUGGGUGGAGGCAUGGAGGCGGUACAUUACUCACCACCACCUUGUGUGUCUUACAAUGGCUUCCUGUUCAAGACUGCAUCCAUGGCUCGGGCCAUCACAGAGCGCAAGGCCAAAGAGGAGUUCAGUCGGCGCUGGUGCACGCUGAAUGAUGGAGCCUUCAGCUACUAUGAGAGUGACAAGAACUCGAACCCUAACGGAUCUCUGAAGGCUUCGGAGAUAGUCUGUUUGGCUGUCGACGCGCCUGAGAAACAUGGGUAUGACAGCACCUUUGAACUCUACUCAGAGUCUGAGCGUCUUUAUCUGUUUGGCACUGAUGACCCAGACAGCCACAAGGAAUGGGUCAAGUCUAUUGCCAAGAGCUUUAUCCCAGCCACUGCAGAGCCACUACUGAGGUUGGCUUUUGAGCGGAUUGGGCGGCUGAAAUGUAAAGACGGCUUGAACCUGCAAACAUCCAAGGUUGGUUGGUUUGCUCUGGUGGGCUCCACACUUCACGUCUACCUGGAGGACAGCCAGGGAGAGGAAAUCCACCUCCGCAAACUAAAUGAACUCUCGAUCCAACAAGACAAUGAGGUGCUGGUUCUGGUGGAGAGGGGCAGAACUCUGUACAUAGAAGGAGAGAGGAAGUUGGAUUUUGCCGGCUGGUGUGGGGCCAUCCAGGCGGCAGCAGGGAGUGGAGGCGACACACUGAGCCAGCAGCAGCUGACAGAGACAGACAUACCUGUCAUAGUACACAGCUGCAUUGGCUACAUCACACAGUGCGGCUUGACCUCUGAGGGGAUAUAUCGUAAGAGCGGUGUGAACUCCCGUGUGGCAGCGCUGUGUGAGAGAUUUCGCCGUGAUGCUCGCAGUCUUUGUCUGAGGGAAGGAGAGCACCAGGUGGACGACGUCUCCAACACACUCAAACGCUUCUUCAGGGAGUUAGAAAUGGGACUGUUCACGGCAGAAGAUGCCUGCACCUGGCUCAGUACUGCUGCCAUUCAGGAUGAAAGCAAGAAAAUCUCCCAGUACCAGCUGUUGUUCAACAGACUGCCUCGUGUGAACAAAGCUACACUACAAGCCCUAAUCAACCACCUCUAUUGCGUGCAGCGUUUUUCUGAGCUGAACCAGAUGAACCUCCAUAACCUGGCUAUAGUGUUCGGUCCCACACUGUUCCAGACCGACGGGAAGGACUUCUCUGCUGGCCGCGUGAUAGAGGACCUCAUACAGCACUACACACUCAUCUUUGAGGUGGAUGAGCAGCAGCUAAACAAGCAACUGGAAGAGAUCACUGUUAUCAUCAAAGUGCGAGAGACACUCAACACAAAGUUUCCUAGUACUGAACCUGGGGGGCACUUCAUCUGUACAGUGUACCUGGAGGAAAAGAAGGAAACGGCAGAGCAACAUGUCAAGAUCCCUGGUUCUAUGACAGCAGCAGAGCUGACCUGUGAGGUCCUGGACCGCCGUAACAUCCUGGCUAAAGACAAGGAGUACUGGAGCUGCUGGGAGGUCAGCGACAAGGAAGAAAUGGAGCGUCCACUGCACUAUCAGGAGCGAGUCUUACCCAUCCUUCACUCCUUUGGCACCGACUCCCAUCUGCUCAUCAAGAAACACCCUGCUAUGGAGAUGAUGACGGUCUACCUGGCCAGUAAAGUGGAUGCAUCCAAACACGGAAUAAUGAAAUUCAGAGAAGAGCGAAGCAUCUUGGGAUUGGGACGGUCUUCUGGAAGUUUCCACGACCGAUAUUUCAUCCUCAAUUCCAGCUCUCUCAGAAUGUACAAGGAAGUCAGAAGUAACCGUCCAGAACGUGAUUGGCCAGUGAAAAACCUAAAGGUCUACCUGGGUAUUAAGAAGAAAUUCCGUCCUCCUACAUGUUGGGGACUGACAGUUGUGCAUGAGAGUAAGAAACCAGAGAAGCCAGAGAGACAGCAGUGGUAUCUCUGCUGUGACAUCCAGUCAGAAAUGAGGGAGUGGUAUGCUACUUUUCUCAGUAUCCAGUAUGAUGGCAACUUGUGGCCUCAGGACGGACUCCAGCAGACGCGAGUAAGCCGCGUGUUGCCGGAUACGCGUCAUGGUAAUGUGUCACUGAUACCGCUGCGUGGCAGUGAGAAUGAGAUGCGGAACAGCGUGGCAGCUUUCAGUCAAGACCCGCUUGCUCUCUUUAGAGAUGUUCGAUAAUAGUCACUGCAAGCAAGGGCUGACACCUCAGAUGACCUCUAAACAUUCCAGUGACAUCAUCAUUCCGUGACAGGAAAGGCCAGGAUGGUGGACACUCGUACUGUAUGUGGAUUAUGGCCUUCAACUGCCAUCUGCUCCUUUUUAAAAAAAAAAAAUAAAUAAAUAAAUAAAAUAAAAAAAAUAAAAUAAAUGACCUGGACCAAAAAAUAAACCGACAAACAGGAUUACAUGUCAAAUAUAACCUACACUGGUCUCCCUGCCCAAAACAAUUUUACUUGACUUGAUGUACAGUAGAAUCAGCUGGGAGCGGUGGCAUUUUAAAUCAAAGAGUGACAGUUUGAUGGACUACAAUCACUCGUCUGCGCCCAACGUUCCACUAUUUCCAUUGGUCAGUGGCAUGUGACUCAAUGGCUGCAUUGCUUUAUGGGUCGUAAGCAUGAAAGACAUGCUGCGAGAAGUCUUUUAUUUCUUUAAUGUCUUUUCUGAAACACGCGUUGAUUGAAGCAGCUGUCGGAGAGGUUGAUGAGAUGUGAAGAGACGUGUACAGGUGAGAGGGGAAGCACGUCUACCUUCUUCCAAGACUUUGGUUCUUUGUCACUGGAUCCUCAAAUAACUUGUCAUUUAGAUUUAGAUAAUGAGACGUGAGAGAUAAAAAAAACAAAAAACCAGGUUAUUCUAGGCACUAGCAUUGUGUGCUUAACAAUUAAAUAGAAGAUUGAAGUUUAUUGACUUGGCUGAAUCUGAUUUAUAAUUCUGUGAUGUUUUCAGCUCUCUUUCUGUACUAUUGCUCAAAGAAUUGUGGGGAUAAGCCUGCGGUUAAAAAUACAAUAAUUGCUAUUGUAAGCAAAGCUGAUGUCAUAGGAGACGGUGACCUGAUUCUGACCUGAGAGUUUGUUCCACAAGGGCCAAGACCGGGACUAAGAGGAAAAGCUGAAAAAUGACAGGUGAUGGAUCCAUGUCUGUUACUCUGCAGGACAUUUGCCUGCACUCCUUGGUCAGAGUUGCAUAUAUGCACAAGUGUGCAUACAGUAUGUGUGAAUAUGUGUACAGUAAGUGUGUUUGUGAGUGGGCAAGUUUUAACAUAAGACAUUGUGUCUUUUGGGAAAUGAAGGAACGAGCGAUAUGAGCUGAAGUCACAGUUUGGCUUUUGCCAAACACUGUUGGAAAAUGCAGUUAAAUAAGAGAAGCACUUCAUUCACUGUUUUCCCCUGUUCUGAAUCCCAUUAUAAACCAUAUUCCAAGCAAUGUGUUUUGCCCUGGCCGGAUCAGUAGUCUAAUCUUUUCUCGCUGUGCGCUCUCUUUCUGUCCCCAGCACUGUCUCCUCUCUGUAGGUCCUUUUCAGAACCCUGUGUUGCUUAGGUAAACAUUAUAUGUACAUACAUGGGCAGUUGUGUCAUUAACCAGCAGUAUUUAUGAAUUUUUAGAUUAUGAAUUAGUCACAUUGGAAUAAACACGUCUUUUUUUCUUUUUUUUUAGAAUUGUUGUAACAAUGCAUCAUUAUAGUUUGUUCAUCAAAACAGGGUGCAGAAGUUCCACUGAAACACCUGUAAGCACAAGAAACAAAUUAAAGUGCAUUAUAAUCUUCUUAAUUAUUUUUUUUCCACUUGGGUCCAAAUCUGUAUAUAUUUUGUCAGAAGGGGAGCCAUAAAACAAUCUGUAUUAACUGUAUUAACCUGUCAACAGUUGCCUUAGCAAGGGCAUUGAACUGCCCAGCAUCAGUGUUGCCUGUAGGUUUUCUCGGUUGUAAAGAUUUCUUAUUUAUUUGGACAGCAGAGGACGCUAGAUACUGUGCUGUAGAGAGCUCCACCUCUGCUGGUGAGACAUCAUGAUGUUAAGCUAAUUGUUUGUUUUUAAACACCUUUUUAAGGUGUGUGUGCGUGUCUUCCCUCUAGCACAGACCUCAGCAGGAGUCGAGAAAAGACUCCACUCUGUGUAGUAACAUAAAUACAUUAUAGAAAGUAUUCGUCCCCUUCAUGUACUUCAUAUUUGAUUGUUUUUAACAUUGAAUCACGGGAUGCGCCAUACAUACUUUAUUGACACUGAUCAUUAGAGAAUUAGGUACAAAUAUUAAUCCCAAAAUAAUUGUUUGCAUAGGUUUUCAGUCCUAUCAAAUCAAUUUCAGUUUCACCACAGGCCUAAUUCUGGACAUGGUGAUGUGUGAUAUUAAGCUUAGGACAAUCAUAGCGUUAAUUAUGUAACUAAAACUAACUAGCUAACUAAACCUCAUCAGACAGUAUAAUCUUACUCCACUUUGUUUCACAGUCUCCUGUAUACCUUCUGGCAGACAUUUUGAAGUUUGUGCCAUUUUUACAUAGUCAGCUUUUCUAGGCAGAUUUCCAAUUGUGUCAUUUUCUUAAAAAAAUUUCAAGAUGGAUCUUUCUGCACUUUUAGGGUAAUUUAGACCUGACCCUGAGGUAGAAGUUUGUAGAGAUAUAUUUAGUUUACAGUGAUCACUGUCCAAACCGUUGUAGCACAUCAGUUAUUCAAUGUAGUAAAACUAAAAAGUAUACAAGUCCAACGGUGUGGGGAAUACUUUUUAUAAGCAGUUUGUUCUAUCUCGGCCUCUUUACUUAUUCUGUUACUCUGCAUUUUACUAAUUUUGCAUCUCUGAAACUCUAAUAAACACAUUCAGCUAGU